UCCUCAUCACCAUCAUUCAUCACGUUACCCUACCAUUCCUCUCUAUCUUAUUUAUAUAUAUAUAUAUAUAUAUAUACGUAGUAUUAUAUUCUGCCACGCCCCAGAUUCUUACUCCACAGACGACGGAACUACUGUUUGCUAAAAAGUAAAAGAAAAAGAAACCCAAAUCCGAAACCAAAGCCUAACCCUCCUCCCCGAACCCUCAAUUAAGGUUCAUUAACUUAAUCUAGUAUCCGCCGAAUUUGUUAUAGUGUUCGAUUGGUAGAUUCUGUGUUCCGACACAUUUAUGAUCAGUGAGCUCGAUCAUCUUCUGCGAGAGCUCCGCUAGGGUUUCGUCAGGGUUCUGAGUUUCCGUCUGUGUCUUCCAUGGAUUCCGAAGACGAUAUGCACGACGCCAACGACAUCGAGUCUGUGGACGAGGACUUCUAUAGCGACGGUGAAGGCUAUGGCUAUGGGGACGCCGCAGGUGACAGUGAUGACGAUGUCGAUGACCUGGACAACCAGUCUGAUGACACAGAUGAUCUUACCCUCAGUCGUUCGCAGAAAAAUUUCACCGUCUUGGAAGAAGAAGACAUACGUAAACGACAAGAGGAUGAUAUACAUAGGAUUUCUGCUCUCCUUUCCAUUCCGAGGGUAGCAUCAUGUUUACUUUUGCGCCGUUGUAAUUGGAGUGUGAACAAGGUGCAUGAGGAAUGGUUUUCUGAUGAAGAAAGAGUCCGUAAAAGUGUUGGCUUGUUGGAAAAUCCUGUGGUUCAACUUUCCAAUGUUAAAGAACAGGUUGUGUGUGGCAUAUGCUUCGAUAGCUAUCCUUAUGGCAUGAUGGUUAGUACUGCAUGCGGUCAUCCCUUUUGUACUACCUGCUGGAGAGCUUAUAUUAGCACAUCCAUCAACGAUGGUCCUGGGUGCUUAAUGCUGAGAUGUCCUGACCCAUCAUGCAGUGCUGCUGUUUGUCAAGAUAUGAUCGAUAUGUUGGCAGCCAAAGAAGACAAGGAGAAAUAUUACCGUUACCUACUUAGAUCAUAUAUUGAAGAUAACAGAAAGACAAAGUGGUGUCCUGCGCCUGGUUGUGAUGCCGCUAUUGAAUAUGUUCUUGGAAGUGGGAGCUACGAUGUCACAUGCAGUUGUGCCUACAGCUUUUGUUGGAAUUGCACUGAGGAAGCUCACCGCCCUGUGGACUGUGAGACUGUCUCAAGGUGGAUUUUGAAAAACAGUGCCGAGUCCGAAAACAUGAACUGGAUUUUAGCAAAUUCAAAGCCUUGUCCAAAGUGCAAGCGACCCAUUGAAAAGAACCAUGGCUGUAUGCACAUGACAUGUACACCGCCUUGUAAAUUUGAGUUUUGCUGGCUUUGUCUUGGUGCAUGGUCGGAUCAUGGUGAAAGGACAGGUGGGUUUUAUGCAUGCAACCGUUAUGAAGCAGCAAAGCAGGAAGGACUGUAUGAUGAGGCCGAGAGGAGGAGAGAGAUGGCGAAAAAUUCUCUGGAAAGAUACACUCAUUAUUAUGAGCGGUGGGCAACGAACCAAUCGUCAAGGCAAAAAGCUCAGUCGGAUUUGCUUCAAAUGCAAGCUGUACAUCUUGAAAAGCUUAGUGAAAUACAAAGCCAACCUGAGUCACAAUUGAAGUUCAUCAUCGAAGCAUGGCAACAGAUAGUUGAGUGCAGGAGAGUGCUAAAGUGGACAUAUGCAUAUGGAUAUUAUCUUCCUGAAGCUGAACAAGCAAAGAGGCAGUUCUUUGAGUAUUUGCAAGGCGAAGCUGAGGCUGGUUUAGAGAGGCUUCAUCAAUGUGCUGAAAAGGAACUUCAUGGAUUUCUGAAUGCAGAUGGUCCUUCCAAAGAUUUUAAUGAUUUCCGUACAAAGCUUGCUGGUCUGACUAGUGUCACACGCAAUUACUUUGAGAACUUGGUUAGGGCAUUGGAAAACGGACUGUCUGAUGUAGAUACACAAGGAGGAGGUAGUAGCAAGACAGGUUCAAAAAAUGCAGCCGGGAGCAGCAAGGCAAAAGGAGGGGGCCGAACAAAAGGAGGCCCAUCCCGAGGUUCAAGCAAGACCUCUGAUGAUUCAGGCGGUUGGGCGUGUGAUCAUUGCACAUAUAUGAACCCCAGGUCUGCUUCAACUGCCUGCCAAAUGUGCCAACAGCGCCGAUGAUGAUAUUAUGGUCUCUUUUGCUCUUCCUUCUCCCACACGUAUCAUUUUGGAGCCAUUUUCUUGAACAACAAACUCACCAUCCAUGGGGUUAUUGGAACAGAGUAGUAUGUUCUCCACCAAUAAGGGUGAGGGGAGCUGCCUGCAUAAUGCUCCGGAAAAGCAAAUGCAGUAGUAGCCUCAUGGAUUAUGUUGAAAGGGCAUCUUAUGGUUUUUAUUGGUGUAAAUAGAACUCAAGAAUCUAUGGAGUGUUUUCUUUUGGGUGUUUUGGUUUAUUAUUUGGCGGGUGGGGGUGUAUUUAUUGAAUUAUCAUUAUUAAUCUAAUAUUCUCUAAAUAUUUGUUUCUGCAAUGUGUGCAAUCUGAUUAUAAGUUCAUAGCCUUCUGUA